UGUAUGGAGCAAGAGUGUGGUAUAUAGAUUAAGUCAUUUCGUCUUAAUCUCUUAUACCUAAAUACCAUGCCGUUAUAUAUCCAUAAGAAUAUCAAAAUCCAAUAUCACUAUACUCUAAAUUUCCUUGUAUAUAAAUACACAAUCUCCCCCUUCUUUAGUUCCAUACCUCACUACAUAGCUUUUGCUAUAUAUACACCCUUUCUCAUCAAACUAUACUCCAAAUCUUUCAAAGUGCAUCCAUAUACUAAAAUUUUCUCCAUAUAAUAAUAAACACAAAGGGAGAAAAUUAACUAUAAUGCCCCUCCUAAGACAUAGUUUCUUUUUCUCAUUCACUAUCAUCAUCAUUUCAUUUGUUGCUUGUAAUAGCAACUUGCAAAAGGACCCACUUAUUGCUACAUACGUUGAUAAUUCACCUUCCAAUGAUGAUGAUGGUGGUGGUACAUUAUUAUUCAAGAACUUGAUCAAAGAAAACACAAAUAAUGUUUUGAGCUUAAACAAGUUUGGUGGAACUUCAUCACAUAAAUUAGAAAUUGUUAAUGUCAAUGAUUAUGGAGCUAAAGGUGAUGGUUAUACAGAUGAUACACAGGCAUUCAAGAAAGCUUGGGAAGUAGCAUGUUCUUCAGGGGAAUCAGUUUUUGUGGCACCACAAGAUAAUAAUUUUUUACUCAAACCAAUUAGAUUCUCUGGUCCUUGCAAAUCUAACAUAACAGUCCAGAUAUUUGGAAAUCUUGAAGCAUCAGAUAAACUAUCAGAUUACAAGAAAGAUAAAAGCCACUGGCUUAUAUUUGACAGUGUUCAGAAACUAUUAGUUAAUGGUGGUGGAACCAUUAAUGGAAAAGGAAACAUAUGGUGGGAAAACUCAUGCAAAAGGAACAAAAAGAGACCUUGCAAGGAUGCUCCAACGGCUUUAACAUUUUAUAAUUGCAAGGACUUGAUUGUUCAAAAUUUGAAGAUAGAAAAUGCACAACAAAUUCAUGUUUCAUUUCAAGAUUCGAUUAAUGUUACUGUUUUUGGUGUCAAUAUCUCAUCACCCGAGGAUAGUCCAAACACAGAUGGAAUUCAUGUCACCAACACACAAAAUAUCAAAAUCUCUAGCUCUGUCAUAGGAACAGGUGAUGAUUGUAUAUCAAUUGUACAUGGAUCUAGGAACGUAGAAGCUACAAACAUAACUUGUGGACCUGGCCAUGGCAUCAGCAUUGGAAGCUUAGGGGCUGGAAAAUCCAAAGAAUUUGUUUCUGGAGUAAUAGUAAAUGGAUCUAAGAUUUCUGGAACUAAAAAUGGAGUUAGAAUUAAGACAUGGCCGUUUUAUAAAAUGCAGGGAGGCUCAGGAAGUGCUAGCAAUAUCAAAUUUCAGAACAUUGAAAUGGACAAUGUGGCCAACCCUAUAAUAAUAGACCAAAAUUACUGUGACAAGAAAAAAAAGCCAUGCAAAAAAUCGAAUUCUGCUGUCCAAAUAAGCGAUGUGUUGUUCGAGAAUAUAAUAGGUACAAGUGCUUCUGAUGUAGCAGUGAACUUUGAUUGCAGCAAGAAAUUUCCAUGCAAGGAUAUAGUAAUGAAGAACAUAGACUUGGAGUAUGAAGAAGAAGGAGAAGCUGCUAAGGCUUUAUGCAACAAUGUUGAUUUGUCUUACACAGGACAUGUUAUCCCUCGUUGCUACUCAUAAAAAGAUACAAAUAAUUGAAGCUUGUGUACAUUAUCAAUCAUGGGGAAGAUUCUAUGUAUAUAUGAUAUGAUCCAUAUACAAUGCAAUUAGUUCAUUAUUAAUUGCUAGAUAUGUGUUUAUACAAUGUAAAUUGAUAUACAAUGGGACUAUGAUUUGUAGUGAAUAGUGUUAUUCAUUAAACAUGAUUAUAAUAAAUUAUUGAUAGUGCCA